ACCUCACUGUGCCAUAGCUCCACACAGCUGCGGGGGGAAAUGUGUCUCACUCCUGCCCUGAGGCUGCAGUCCUGGGGCUGCAGAGCUGUCCAGAGAGCCCCAAAACAAGUUGCCGUGUUCCCAGCAGAGCACAUGCCAGGAGACGAGCUGUGCUGCCAGGAUCUGCCCUCACCCUGCCCCCCUCACACACAAGCCCCGGAGGAACCGGUUUGGGCCCUGUGGGUAGAGCAGCCCCCCCUCGCCCUGGCACAGUGGGGAGGGCAGGAAGGGAAGGGCAAGGAGCAAUGUCCCAGCUCCCCCAGAGAUCUGCUGCCGCAGGGGUGCUGGCGCUUCCGGGGUUCCCAGUGUCUCGGGGCUGGGGACCUGCUAGGCCCUUGCCCUCGUCCCCACGGCCCCAGAGAGGAGUGGCAGCCCCACUGCCUGGGGUGCUGGGCAGCAGUGUGGGCCCUUCAGUCUUUCUAAUCUGCAUCUGAGGCACCACCGCAGUGGAGGAGCUCAGCUCUGCAGAUAUAAUCAAGAACCACAAUGGCACGAUCUCAGUUUCCACCUCCUUCCCCCUGGGGCUGACGAGCAAGGCACUUUGCUUAUGUGCUGAGUGGGAGGGCAGCUCCCUGUGCCCUGGGACAAGGGGAGAGCCAGAGCUGGAGCAGCAGGCAGGGCAUGGCAGGGCACACACCCAUGGCCGCCCAUUGCCCUUCGCCGAGCCCAGAUGCAGCGGCAAACUGCACCUUGUGAGUGCUGCUGAUGCUCCUCCACCAUCUUGUCACACUCCCAGCCUUGGGGUCUUGGGUAGCAGGACUGAGCUGGCAAGCCUAGGGCUACCGGUCACUUCUGGCCCUUUCAGCCUGGCCUGGGACAGGCAGAAGCAGCAUUGAGGGGGCUCAGAAGCAGUGUCACCUCCUCCCCAGGCCGGUGCUGCCCCUAGUCCCCAACCCAGCGGUGGGAGGGGAGCCCAAACAGCCCAUGCUCAGCACUGCCAGUGAUCCCCUCUCAUCAGCAUUCCUCUAUGCCAUGCUGGGGUGAAACUGCACCAGGAUCUGUGAGGGGCUGUAGCCCCCCCUCGAGGCCUUUAAGGAGAGUAGCAGCAAUACCUUAAAAUCCAGCCUAUAAACACUCUCUAGGACUCAGCUUUGGAGUUUUAGCGAGCUGGCAUUCCUCACUGCAGCGCUGGGGGCACAGGGAUAGUUCCUCCUGUGGUACAUACUGUUACGCUGCAUCAGGCAACGUCUAUACUGUCCUGUUACAUACAUACGCAUGAAUUUGCUCAGAAUGUGUAUGCAUGUUCAUUAUUUUAUCAGAGCUUAUUUACAUAGGGUCCAUCUCCUUUGGGCAUGUGCUCCUAAUCACAAAGAGGGGCUUUUAGGGGCUUCAGGACUCUCUGGUGAUCCUUGUCUUCAUGUUCCUUCAGUCCAGAGUCUGCACAUGAUCACUUUAUGUAUGUAACUCAUUUCUUCUUCUCACAGUCAGUCUUUAGCCACAAAAUGCCCAUAUUUUAGUUUGUGUCUGAGUCUGUGUCUGCAUCUACAUCCUGGAUGUCUCAAGAGAGUUGACAUCUGCAUCCUGGGUGUUUUAAGACAGCUGAAGCUGAAGCAAGCGCACACUGAACUUGUAAAAUUAUGGCAGAAAUCAAACUUUCCACUUGACUACACGCAUCGCCCUCAGUGUGUCCACUGGCCGGGCCGGGCUGAGGCUGCGCCGAGGUCUGCGAGAGGCUGCAGCCCCCAGAGGCCUUUAAGGAGGGUGGCAAUGUGUGUGCAGGCAGUCCCACCGGCUCUCCUCAGCCCCUGCCCCGAGGCUGCACAGCCCGGGCCGCCGCGCCCAUCAUGGCGCCCGUUCCGUUCCCCUCAGCGUGCCCGGCAGCGCCGCGCCCAUCAUGGCGCUCGUUCCGUUCCCCUCAGCGUGCCCGGCAGCGCCGCGCCCAUCAUGGCGCCCGUUCCGUUCCCCUCAGCGUGCCCGCCGCGCCCAUCAUGGCGUCCGCCCGCGGGGGCGAGCGACAGGCCCUGGCACUUCCGUCCCGCGGCGGCGGAAGCGGCGGCCGCGCAGCCAUGGAGCCGGGCGAGAGCCGGCCGGCGGUGGCGACGACGCUGCGGGCGCUGAACGAGGCGCUGGGGCGUCCCGCCGCGCUCUGGGUGAAGGAGAGCGGCGCCCGGAACCUGCGGCACCGCGAUUUCCUUGCGCCUCGGGCCGCGCUGCGCGCCGCGUUCCCCGGGGGGCAGGUGCCCGCUGACGUCGUGGCGGGCGUGGCGUCCGUGGCAGGCCCGGGGGUGCUGGCGGUGCGGGGCUGCGAGGACACGCCGGCGGGGCUGGCGGUGCGGGUGCGGCGGCCCGAGGCGUUCCGGCGCCUGCUGGGGCCGCUGCCCGCGCCGGGCCCCGCGCCGAAGGGGCGGACGGUGCUGCUGCACGUCCCGGCGCUGCGCCGGCCCGACGCCGUCCCGCUCCGGCCGAGCCACCUGCGCCCGCUCCUGCUGGCCGACCACCUGGCCCGGCUGCUGCGCGCCCAGGGGGUCAGCGUCAGCCCGGUCCCCGCCGUCACCCAGGAGGGCGGCAGGGAGGUCCUGCGGCAGCUCCGCGUCGAGUGGCCCUCGGGCUCCGGGCACUCAGACCUCGCCGGCACCGUCUCGGCCCUGAAGCAGGCGCUGGGCCGGUCGCCCUGGGCCGCUGCCUGUGAGCACGGGCUGGGCACGUCUGCGCUGCCCGAGGAUGUCAUCUGUGAAGUGCACUUGAGAGGCUUCAUGGAGCAGCAGGACUUGGUGGGCUACGACCCCAAUCUGGGUGUCCUUCAUGUGACGGAGGGGAAGCUGCGGUCCGUGGCAGAGCUGCAGCAAGCUGCUCUGCAGUGCAUGGCUGGAGGCCAGGGGAGCUGCUGCAUCGUGCAUGUGGUGAGCUGCGAGGAGGAAUUCCAGCAGCAGCAGCUGGACCUGCUCUGGAGGAUUUUGGAUCCUGGAGCCCACACAGCUUUGCAGAAACACCUUGUCUGUGGGCCAGUGAAGGUGACAAACCCCUCAGCACCCAUCGAGGCAGACCAGUACUUCCAGCUCCGAAAGCGCCAGAUGUAUGAGGCCUCUGUGAUGAAGUAUGGGGAGCUUGCACAAGAUGAAGCCUGGACUGAGGUGAUUGAUACCCUCACCGUAGCUGCCAUCAGGUUUGAAAUGCUGAGCACAGCUCACCAGAGCCAGCUCACCCUGGACCUGGAGGACAGCAGCAUCUCCACGAAGGGAACCAAGAGCGGUGCCUUCGUGAUGUACAACUGUGCCCGGCUGGCCACGCUCUUUGCCACCUACCAGCGGGCUGUGGAGCAGGGCACCUACCCGCCUCUGCCACCAGCAUCGGAACUGAACUUCUCCUGCCUGCGCGAAGAGGGUGAAUGGCUGCUGCUCUUCAACUACCUCCUGCCCUUCCCUGAGGUCCUGCAGCAGGCAGCACAGCUGCCCACAGCCACCAAGGGCAUCCGGAUCACAGCCCACACAGAGACAGUGUGCAAGUUCCUGAUCCAGCUCAGCAUGGACUUCAGCUCCUACUACAACCGGGUCCAUGUCCUGGGGGAGCCAUUCCCUCACCUAUUUGACCAGAUGUUUGCCCGCCUCCAGCUGCUGGGAGCCAUCAGGGAUGUGUUCCACAGUGCACUGGCCACUCUGCACCUCCCUCCCCUCAGCCAGAUCUGAGCCACUAAUGGAGAACUUUGUGACAGGCACCAGGACAAAGGCAGUGUGAGGGAGGGCCAGACACAUCCUCCCUGGGAGGGUGGGGGGCUGCCCCACCAUCAGGCAGGGUGUUUGGGCAAGGCCUGUCCCAGCUCCAUGUGGGUGCUCCUCUCACUGCUUGCACAGGGUAGAGGUUGGCUGUGCACCCCAGGGUUGUGCCAGUGUGGGAGGUUGGUGUGCUUGCCCAGUCCACAGCAAUAGGAAGGAGGAUGCCUGAAGCACCCUGUGGGACAGGCUGGGGAAGUGGGAGAGGGGGCACCAAGGAUCAGUUGCCACACAACCAGACACUGACCUCACCUCUCUCUGAGCCCUUUAUUGACUGGGCUCCAUGCUGGCAGGAGCUCCUGAGGCUCCUGGGCCAGGCCCCCAGACUAGGAUCUAAUACACUUCUUGUUGGACAAA